UUACUUUCUUUUUUAAUUGUGGGUGGUCGGUGAUCCUCUUUCAGUUAAUUUUGGUUCUUGAUUUUUUUGUAUUUAGAACCUUCCUUAUAUUAUGUUCAACUUGAUAUUAUGUGUGUUCUUCAGUGAAACAACCUGUGUGCUGUUUAAAUUUUUAUUUAUUACAGCAAUAUGAGAAAGCAGUGAGAUAAAGUGAAGAUAUUCGUUUCAUUUCAAUACCAUUCACAUUGGAAGACACGAUGAUGAAGUUACUUUGUUCAAUUCUCUGUCUGUAUAUUUUCAUUACAGAUAUAUCGACUCAUAAACUGCCUUUGACUAUCACGAAACGUUCAAGGCAAUCUUUUCCUUCUGAAAAUAAUGCUGUGAUAGGUACAUUUUCGUAUAUAAGACACAGAGAACCCAAGAUAACAAAGUCUGAUAGGUUCUUAGAUCCCCAUUAUGACAUGCCUUUGAAAUAUUGCCCUAGAGCUGCAAAAUGUGAACCAUUGAACUAUACAACAUGCCUUGGAGCUAAAUUACCUUACAAAUCUACAACUGUUAAUUUGACCGAUUUGGGAACCCAAGAGAAAAUUCAUGAACAGUUGCUCCUGCUCUAUCAGUACCUGAGAUAUAUUCCUAAAUGUUGGGCUGUUAUACAGCCUUUCUUGUGUGCUCUUUAUAUGCCAAAUUGUCACGAUGAUAAAGUGAAUCUGCCUUCAAGAGAAAUGUGUGAGAUUACUGUUGAACAUUGCAAAAUAUUUUUGAACUCUUCAGUUUUUCCUGAGAUUUUAAAUUGUAAUAAUGACGAGUUAUUUCCUUCGAAGUGUAAAAAUGACGUCCAUAUGAUGAAAUUCAAUACUACUGGGUAUUGCAUGGAUCCUUUAAUAAAAACUGAUAAACAGGAAUGGUAUUACCGAGGAAUAGAGAAUUGUGGUUUGAAAUGUAAAGAUUCAUUCUACACAGAAACGGAACAUCAUCAGAUCCAUAAGCUGAUUGCCUACUGUUCUACUGCUUGUAUUUUAUGUAAUCUCUUCACUAUUGUCACUUUCCUCAUUGACUGGAACGCAGCUAACAAAUAUCCAGCUCUGGCUAUAUUUUAUAUAAAUGUUUGUUUUUGCAUUUCCUAUAUUGGCUGGUUUAUGCAGUUCUUGAGCCCUGAAACCCGUGAAGAUAUCGUUUGUAAAAGAGAUGGAACAUUGCGGAAAUCUGAGCCCAGUGCCAAUGAAAACUUAUCAUGCGUAAUGGUUUUUGUAUUGGUUUAUUAUUUUGCCAUGGCUGGUAUGGUUUGGUUUGUGAUUUUCUGUUACUCUUGGUAUAUGAGUUCUCUGCAGGCAUUGGGUAAAACUCAAGAGAAAAUUCAUAAGAAGAGAGCUUAUUUCCAUCUGGUAGCGUGGAGUUUACCUCUUAUUCUAACAAUUACGACCAUGGCUAUAGGUGAAAUAGAUGCUGAUUAUGUAACUGGAAUAUGUUUUGUUGGUUUCAUAAAUAAGGCUGCCAGAAUAGGGCUUUUACUCACACCGUCAACUGCAGCUCUUCUGAUUGGUGGUUACAUCAUUAUUAGAGGACUCAUUCUUUUGGUUAAAGUAAGAGUGGAAAGCCAGGAAGUUAUUUCCGAACAUUCUAACAGCAAAAUCAAAUCUACAAUUAUAAGAAUGUGCAUAUUUGCUACACUUUUAGUGAUAUUCUGCAUCAUAACCUUUUUUUAUCAUCAUUAUAUCUAUACCCAUGGUGAGGAAUGGGAAGAAAGUCUUAGUUCUUACAUUAUGUGUAAAUUGACGAGUUUCAGUUCAGAUUAUUCACAUUGUAAGCAAGAAAAUAGACCAAGUGUAGCUAUGCUUCAAUUGCAGUUGAUUGCAGCCUUUGGUGUGGGUUUAGCGAUGGCAUCUUGGGUUUGGUGUGAAGCAACAAUGCAUGCUUGGGAGAGAUACAUAAGAAGAAAAUUUCACUGGGAGGAAGAGGUACCAAUUAAACAUCAAAAACAUAAAGUGAUCGCCAACGCUUUUGCCAAGAGGAAAAAGUAUUACGAAGGAGCUAAAAUAUCGAUAGAAGACCAAAACCAUUCCGAUCCUGUAGGACUGGAUUUUGACCCCAAUAGUGCAUCUAGUAACGAGUUGAGUACAUCGUGGGUGGAAAAUUUGCGAAAAUUGAUUUAUAGGAGGGGGGCAGUACCAAACCAGCCCGAUUCAGAAGUCAGCGUAAGCUUGCGACAUGUCAGUAUAGAAAGUCGAUGUAAUUCGGGAGAUAGCCAACUUUCUGUUCAAAUAGCUGAGCUGAAGGCUGUUAAGAAGGUGAGAAAUGGGAGUAGGUACAGGAGAGAGAAGAGACAAACGAGAAAAUCCCGAAGUAGGCAUUCAAGAAGGUCAUCUAGGAGAAAUUCGAUGAACCAAGGCAGUCGUACGAGCUUAGACUCCCACAUGGAGCUCAUCAAUGCUCUCACAAAUACGGACAGUUGUAGGGGAUUCCGCCCCAACCUUGGUCGGAGAACAGCAAAUGCAGGUUUAGACGGCCAACAGUUAUCCGACUUGUUCAACAAUAGAAAGUUGAGGUCGCACGGUGGUAGAACUAGAAGUGGCAGCGAAGAUGAAAAUGUCUCCGUUACCAUAUCAGAAAGUAAAUUCAAUAUGAGAGUCAGCAACACUAAUAACUUAGAUCUGAACGACAAGCUCAUGAUUCAGUCGUUACGACAACAAAUCGGAGACAUAUCCUCCACUUCCAUAUCAGAUGAAUAUUUACACAAGGAUUACGGACAAGAAAAAACAUAUUGUCGUGACGUUGAAGUAUUCGAUCGCAAGAAAGAAAUGAAGCAGAUCGAAUAUACAUCCAACUCUGAUAACUCUGGAUCCGAAAGCGAUAAUUCCUCCUGUCCGGAAAUCAAGAACCUGGUCCAGAGUUCGGUCAACUCCGGUAUGUCGGGAGGUGAAAAACUGAACCAAUCCAGCAGGCAGUCGAGAAAUUCACGAACGUCCACCGAUGUUGCCGUGCAAACGAGCAUCCAGAACCUGGACAUUGACCACUCGGAUAGGGAGGAAGAUUUGAAACAUAAGUAUCACAAAUCGAAGAUUGUGAGAACACCGGAUAAGAAGAAGUUUCAGAAAAGAAAGGACGAAGAUAUAUAUAAGGGUUCCAGGGAUUACUGCAAAAAUUGUGGCACUCCCGAUGAGUGUGAACCUCUAAACGGGGAUACAGAUAAGGAAGAUAUAGGUGAGAAAAAGAAGAAAAAAUACUCGAAAAAGAAAUGAGUUUUACGAGAUUACGAAGUAAGAUUCUCACUUGGAAAAUAGAUCGUUUUAAGUUUUGAGAUGCAAAUAGUGUCCAAUAAAAAUACUCAGAUCUUUUUACCUUAGCGAAACGUUCAAUGAAGUGGUCUUAAAAAUUUAAGAUUUAGUUGAAUAAUUGCGAUCAAAUAUUGAUGUUUUUAAUGCAAUUUACGUGCCAAACAGUUUUUUUCUAAUGACUAUAAUGAUAUUAUUUUCGAAUAUUAUUGAUAUCUACCUCUUGAUAUUUGAAAAUUAAUGCUCAAAUAUUUUUCUUUAAAAUUUUGAAAGACUGAUACAUAUUUAUUUUGUAAAGAAACAUUUUUGCAGCAAAUUUAAACUUGUUGGGUAUCAUUAUCCAUGAUCAUCAAUUCGUGAUAUUUUUAUAUUGAAAAUAGGUACUUAAAUCAUGUAAAUAUUGUGUAAAAAGUUUUCAUAUACAAUUCCUUAAGCUCUCUAUAAUUGAAUAAACCGUUGAAUUGCUCAUUCAGGAUUCGGUCCAAUCAACUGGUUUAAAUAAGUAAAAAAAUAUAUAUAUUUUUGAUGACAUUUGUAAAUAAAUGUAUAUGUAAUGACCUCUUACAAUAAAACUUUUUUAUUGAA